AUGGCCGAGGCCUUAAACAACAGUCACUCCUCUGGGAAGGGUUUGAUUAGACGACUUUCUAACCGGGCGACGAAGUUUGCCAGCAGGACUCGGCGCCAGUCGGCAGCAGCUCCCAUGAGCCGGGAAGGAAGCGUAGGUCCAGGAAUCCUUCGACGCAGGAGUGACAGUACCAACACGGCACCUGCGGCGGAGACCGUCUUGCUGACGGAUUCCGACGACGAGUUCCAUCCUGACGAGGUGAACGAAUUUGGCUCGAUCUACGGCGCGGAAAGCAUGGCCCGAGAUUUCUCUUCAGGCAGCGCUGCUCCAUCUUUAGCCUCUGCGUCGUUUGUGGACGUCCCCACUGGGCCAGUCGUUCCCAUGGCAUUGGUCAAGGGUACUUAUCUACAUAAGAUAUCCAAGAAGAAGAAAUCGAAGCGAUUGCUCUUUAUCCUCGAGGCAGAUGCCGGCAAGGUCACAUGGGAGAAGGGCCGAUCAACUAAGUGCAUCUACAUCGACGAUAUUAAAGAGGUCAGGAUAGGCUCCGAUAUUCGCCAGUACCGUAUCGACUACGGAGUUCCAGAAUCGGAGGAGGGCCGCUUCUUCACAAUCUUUUAUGCUGUGCCAGAUAAAUCAAGGAGCAAGACGAUGCAUUUAAUUGCCGACGAUGAAGAGACGUUCGCGCACUGGGUUAAUGCCCUAGACACGAUAUCGAAGCAUCGAGAAGUACACAUGGCGUCACUAAUGGCAUUUAAUGACAGCGCUAUCCGUGGAUAUUGGAAUGGCGAGAUGACCAAGCAGUUCGAAAAUCGACAGCACUCCCCCGGCGAAGAGAGGAUGGAUUUUCCUGGCGUCGAGCGUGUUUGCAGAAAUCUCCAUAUCCAUAUGGCCCAGAAGCAGCUCCGUGCAAAGUUCAAUGUUGCUGACCAGACCAGAUCCGGCCGGCUAAAUUUCUCCGAAUUCCAGAUAUUUGUCCGCGAGAUGAAACAAAGAGAAGACAUUCGGAAAGUGUUUGAGAAGUUAGCCACGGACCCGGAGAGGGGCAUAAGCUUUCACCAGUUUAUGCGGUUCCUCCGGGACGAGCAAGGUGAAGACGUCGAUAGCAAUCCCAGCUUAUGGGAGAACAGGUUUAUCCGUUACGCUCGUAGGGGCGGAAAGCACGGGACAGAUACGACCUUUCAGCGCCUCGACAAGGACUCGAUCACGAUGAAUGAGCACGCACUUGUGGCCUAUCUUACGUCGAAGGACAAUUGCCCUCUUGUACGUGCGUCGCCCGCCGAGUACUCGCUCGAUCGACCUUUCAACGAAUACUUCAUCUCUAGCUCGCACAAUACCUACUUAGUCGGCCGUCAAAUCGCAGAUGUCGCUUCCAUCGAAGGCUACAUCUCAACUCUCGUCCGAGGUUGUCGUAGUGUUGAGAUUGAUUGUUGGGAUGGGUCAGAUGGUCAGCCGAUAGUCAAGCACGGAUAUGCUAUGACGAAUGCUAUCUCGUUCCGUGAGGUUAUCAACACCGUCAACAAAUAUGCUUUUGUCGCUAGCCGUUUCCCACUCUGGGUUUCGCUCGAAGUCCACUGCGGUGCUUCGCAGCAAGAGGUCAUGGCGGAAAUCAUGAGGGACAUCUUCGGUCCCCGUCUUGUCACGGAGCCAUUAGACCCAUAUUCAACAAAGCUUCCAACGCCUUCGGAACUCAAAGACCGGAUCUUAAUCAAAGUGAAGGGUACGCAUCAAGCACACGAGCCACAGCGCACUGGAGGAGAUGCUUCGGCAGGUCGUCGACGCGGAAAUAGCCUGACAUCCCCUUUCAUGAAGCCGGUAUCUUCCGACAAUGCUUCCAUCCCGGCUCGGUAUCUAUCAAGCCCGCUAUUAGGUCCUACUCCCAGACCUACUCGACGUGGCGUAGUGGGCGAGCGCGUAGACACUAUUAACGAAGGCCAGGUACACGAUACGGUCAGCAGCAGCACGAGCGAAUGCGAUAGCGAAGAGGAGAAGCGGGGGAAGCGGCGGACGAGCAAGAUAGUUCAGAGUUUGGGUGAGCUCGGCGUCUACUGUAGCGGUGUCAAGUUUCACGGUUUCGAGUCGGCUGAAUGCAAGAAGAGCAACCAUAUCUUGUCCUUUAUGGAAGGUACAUUUAGGAAGCACUCUAAAGCAUCGGAUUCGAAGCUGGCCUUGACGCGUCACAAUAUGCGCUACAUGAUGCGCGUAUAUCCCCAAUAUUCCCGUCUAUCUUCCGACAAUUUCAAUCCUAUGAUGUACUGGCGGAGAGGCGUGCAAAUGGCCGCGCUCAACUGGCAGACCUUUGACCUCGGUAUGCAGUUGAAUCAAGCUAUGUUUGAUGGAGGCACCGAUCAGUCAGGAUAUGUCCUAAAACCUGAAUCGAUGCGUGAGAUACGAAUACUCCCCGACGGCUUGCCUGCGGAGGCUAUCGGCAAACUGGAACGUCAAAACAUGUCAUUCCAUAUCAAUAUUAUCUCGGCACAGCAACUUAUCCGUCCAUCAUCCCUGCCUUCUAACCGCACCCUCGAUCCGUACGUCGAGAUCGAGAUCUUCCACACCAACGAUAAAAGAGACAAGCAUGACAGCAUGGCCGGCGUCUCCAUCCUUACGGAUACUCCGCUUAAGGCGGCCACACCGGUUGUGAAGGAGAACGGCUUUAAUCCUGUAUUUGGCCAUGAUGCUAGGUUCGUCGUGACGACUAAGCACCCCGAGCUAGUUUUCGUCAGGUUCAGCGUUAAGCUUUCCAGCGACGGCGAGAACACCGGUCGAAACACCACCAUCGCUACUUAUAUGGCCAAGCUCAAUGUUCUAAAGCAAGGCUAUCGAACUCUGCCGUUGCUGGACUCCAACGGCGAUCAAUAUCUAUUCUCAACCUUGUUCUGUCAUAUAAAAGUGGACCCGACCACAAGCGUUUACGUACCAAAGGCUCGCGAAAACAAUGGCGGCGAGGCCGUUGGUAAGUUGAAGAACAUCAGUCGGAACGUGUUCAACAGAUCUACCGCCAACAGUACCAAGUCAAGCUUCGACAAGAGUAGCGUCGACGGCGGCUAUUCCGACUCAUCGCAGCAACCCUUUAUUUGA